UAUGAGGAAGUAGGGUGCUGUGUUGUCGCUGCUGAGUAAGCAAUGACUUUCAGACGUCUCAAGAAGCUGCAGCAUAAAGAGGAGUAUGCAGCACCUCCGGACCAAGCAAUAUACAGGGAGCGGGACAAACUUGGCUCAUAUGCGGCCCUGGAUACUUACAGACAAGCUGACAUGUACAGAGCUUUAGCGGUGUCCGGUGGUACCCUGCCUAGAAAUAAGAAGGGUUCUUCUAUGGGCUGGAAGAAUGCGAGCCAGUCAUCUGAGCACCAGCGGAAAAUUGUCACAUUGGAGAAAGAGGAUUCAGAAACCUUUGGAUUUGAGAUUCAGACCUACGGACUACACCAUCAGGACAAGAAUACAGUUGAAAUGUUUACAUUUGUAUGCCGGGUUCAUGAAGGAAGUCCUGCUCAGUUGUGUGGUCUAAAACUCGGGGAUAUUAUUGCUGGAGUAAAUGGCCUGAAUGUGGAAGGAGUGCGACACAAAGAUAUAGUAGAACUCAUCAAGGCAUCUGGGAACACAAUCAGGCUGGAAACCGUUUAUGGCUCUGCUAUCCGAAGAGCUGAGCUGGAGGCACGGCUUCAGUAUCUCAAGCAAACAUUAUAUGAAAAGUGGGAGGAAUAUCGAUCACUUAUGGUUCAAGAACAGAGACUUCUGCAUGGUAUAGUUGUGAAGGACCCUAGUGUGUAUGAUACUUUGGAAUCGGUGCGUUCUUAUAUAUACGGCACUGUGCCUCUUCCAAAGGGCAAGGACCCAGUUACCAGUUCGCUGGCUGCUGGGAGUAUGUGUAGCAGCGCAAGCUGCCUUAGCAAUGCAGACGACAAUGAGGAUGCCGUGUAUCAGACGUGCUAUUUCAGCUCCGACUCCACUGAUGAAAUAAACAUUCUUCCCAGCAAAAAUAACAGCAACAGCAAGCCUUACAAGACAACCCUAACACGCAGUUCCAGCGUGAAGUGCGCGGGUUCUGGAACCAGCUGGGACAAGCCAAAGGAACAGAACAAUUUUGUAUCUUUACCAAGGAAAAAGCACAAAAGCUUUCGGAAAAGACUUUUGAAGUUUAUCCCUGGACUUAAUAGAUCCUUAGAAGAGGAAGCCAGUCCUCUCUAAUGUAUCUUCAUAUAAUAGCUUAAGUUAUUUAUUUAUUGUUCUUCUUUAUGUUUAUUUUUUCUUUUCUUUUGUAAAAACAAUACCUAAAAACCUUUGUAUAAUAAUUUUUGUUAAACUCUAUUGUAAAACAUUAUCACUUUCUCUGCUUCCCAUUAACAUGUUUGGCAAGGCAGUAGGAGCCAAACUUCAGGUUUUUCUAUGAAAAAUGCAGCUCUUACUCCAAUGACUUCAAAUGUUCAAAGGCUCACUGGAAUUUUCCUGCCAGCGGGAAGCUAAUAAACGGUGAGCAGUUUUGUUCUGGUUCAAGGCAAUGCAGGACUUUGCCUAAUUUAGAGGUAGCCUCAGUGUCUGCAUAUCGGACCUCAUAGGCUGCAGGCACCCCCACCACUCCACCUCAAGCCAAAAGUGCCUGUGGUGCAUCAGCAAACGUGUCACUUGUGGGAUGAAGCAGGGGCCUUUCUAACCAACGUUCUUCACUCUUGUAAUGUAUGCCUACCCCCUGCACACAUUUAGGUGCCGGCCAACUCAAAGUGAGUUUUGCACAAAAAGAUUACUUGCAUAGGGCCAGCCUGAUGAGUUUUGAUCUUGAUCUGCGUGUUGGAUCUGCAUAAUGCGCCACCAGUGCUUGGAGAACGGUGCCCUUUAAUUCUAGUUAAGACUCUGUAAUGAACGGUUUUGUCUCAUCUUCAAAGCCCAGGCACUCUGGUGAUGUUGGAUUUUUAACAUUUUGUUCCCUGGACUGUUAUGUUAAUGCACAUGUUUUGUUCUCCAUGUUUAACUCCUUGUUGUCACUGCACACAAUAUUGUUUAAGUACCCAGACAAAAUAAAAUGGUGAAGUUGGAUAGUG